AAGGCUUUUAAAGAGGAUUCCAGGUUGUGAGCUUUUCAUAAAUCGAGAGGAAGCAGGGGUAGAUUGCCAUUUCUGGCCAUGUCGAGAAACCCUGUCAGGAAACCAUUGUUUGAAAUGGGAUCCGCUUAGAGAAAGCAAGUGCCGAAAUAGAGGGAAGCCCCCAGACCUACUGACAGAGCUAUGGGGUGGAACGAAGUCUUGGCUACAGGGUUCACAGUCUUCACUAUCAUUUUGCUUGUCUGCGCUGUCAUGGAUCACCACUGGAUCCUAGUCGAGACCAAGAUGCAGAAUUACUACAGCGGCAUUUGGAAAGUCUGUAUCAAGCAGGUGUGCUCUGAUCUCAUUGCCGCUUCACCCAAUGUCUAUGGUGCCCGGACGCUCCUGGUCUUAGCCCUUUUCUGUGGAAUUGUUGGGGCCUCAUUUAUGACGUUCACUUACCGCUACUCCUCCCCUUUCACAAUAUACCGCUACCUGGUUGCUGCAAUGGGAUCUUUGAUUGCAGCUGCCUUGGUGUUCUUAGCUCUGAGCAUUUACACCAUCCGUAUCUCCACACACUCCAUCAGCAGAACAGGCAAUAUCAUGUACCUGUGGUCUUUUUACAUGGCCUGGACCUCCUGCCCUUCCUUCAUUUUAAGCGGUUUGUUCAGCCUGAUGGCACAUCAACGUUUGCUGGUGCACGGAUCCAGUUUCUCAGAUGGAGAAAGCUCCACAAUCACUUUGAGCUCCUCAGAAUAUACCUCAAGCUCGUCAAGCUAUUUGGAGGAUUCAGAAGGGGAAAGAAAGAUGUCUGUAUCAGCAAGGCGGUCCCUUCAUAAAUAAUGGAGAGGGGCGCAUGUCUGUGUUGUGUUUGUCGGGGGCAUAUCCGUCCCAAGCAAUCCUUUGUGGUUCAGAAAUUGUCAGUGCAUGUAUAGGAGAUGGGGGGGGGGAGAGAGGAGAUGCCUCCUUGGAUGUAAACAAAGAUUUGUAA